UGUGUAGUCCCAGAUCCAGGCCGGCGCGCGGGUACAGGGGCGCGGAGGAACCACAAGCCCCAGAAGCCCUCGCGUCCACCCGCCUCCCUCCCCUCCGAGAGUCGGAGUGCUGUUUUUGUUGUUGGUAGAAGGUGAGGGAACAGCUGAUCCGUGUGUGGGAGGGCAAAUAGCUUGAGGGCAGGAUGGAAGAAUCAUCACUAAGCCGGGCACCUUCCCGAGGUGGAGUCAACUUUUUGAAUGUAGCACGGACCUACAUCCCCAACACCAAGGUGGAAUGUCACUAUACCCUUCCCCCAGGCACCGUGCCCAGUGCCAGCGACUGGAUUGGCAUCUUCAAGGUGGAGGCUGCCUGUGUUCGGGAUUACCACACAUUUGUCUGGUCUUCAGUGCCGGAGAGUGCAGCUGACAGGUCUCCUGUCCACGCCAGUGUCCAGUUCCAAGCCAGCUACCUGCCCAAACCCGGAGCCCAGCUCUACCAGUUCCGGUACGUGAACCGCCAGGGCCGGGUGUGUGGGCAGAGUCCCCCUUUCCAGUUCCGAGAGCCAAGGCCCAUGGAUGAACUGGUGACCCUGGAGGAGACCGAUGGAGGCUCUGACAUCCUGCUGGUUGUCCCCAAGGCCACUGUGCUGCAGAACCAGCUGGACGAGAGCCAGCAAGAGAGGAAUGACCUGAUGCAGUUGAAGCUGCAGCUGGAGGGACAGGUGACGGAGCUGAGGAAUCAAGUACAGGAUCUCGAGAUGGCUCUGGCGACUGCCAGGCAGGAGCAUGCGGAGCUCAGGGAGCAGUACAAGGGGCUCUCCCGGUCCCACGGGGAGCUCAUAGAAGAGAGGGACAUUCUGAGCCGACAACAGGGAGACCAUGUGGCACGCAUCCUGGAGCUGGAAGAUGACAUCCAGACCAUCAGUGAGAAAGUGCUGACAAAGGAGGUGGAGUUGGACAGGGUGAGGGACACGGUGAAGGCCCUAACUCGGGAACAGGAGAAGCUCCUCGGGCAACUGAAAGAAGUGCAAGCAGACAAGGAGCAAAGUGAGGCUGAGCUCCAGAUGGCACAACAAGAAAACCAUCGCUUAAAUUUGGAGCUGCAGGAAGCAAAGGGCCGGCAGGAGGAACAGGGUGCUCAGGCCCAGCGGCUGAAGGACAAGGUGGCCCAGAUGAAGGACACCCUAGGCCAGGCCCAGCAGCGUGUGGCUGAGUUGGAGCCCCUGAAGGAGCAGCUUCGAGGAGCUCAGGAGCUUGCAGCCUCGAGUCAGCAGAAAGCCGCUCUCCUUGGGGAGGAGCUGGCCAGCGCGGCAGGAGCCAGGGACCGCACCAUGGCUGAGCUCCACCGCAGCCGCCUCGAGGUGGCUGGAGUCAGUGGCCGGCUGGCUGAGCUCAGCCUGCAUCUGAAGGAGGAAAAAAGCCAGUGGAGCAAGGAGCGGGCCGGGCUGCUGCAGAGCGUGGAGGCAGAGAAAGACAAAAUCCUGAAGCUGAGCGCGGAGAUACUUCGACUGGAAAAGGCAGUUCAGGAGGAGAAGACCCAGAACCAAGUGUUCAAGACAGAACUGGCCCGGGAGAAGGAUUCCAGCCUGGUGCAGUUGUCAGAGAGCAAGCGGGAACUGACGGAGCUGCGGUCAGCCCUGCGCGUGCUCCAGAAGGAAAAGGAGCAGCUGCAGGAGGAGAAGCAGGAGCUGCUUGAGUACAUGAGGAAGCUGGAGGCCCGCCUGGAGAAGGUGGCAGACGAGAAGUGGAGCGAGGGCACCGCCACAGAGGAUGAGGAGGCGGCUGCAGGGCUGAGCUGCCCGGAGGCUCUGACGGACUCCGAGGAUGAGUCCCCGGAGGACAUGCGGCCCCCCUCCUACGGCCUCUGCGAGCGCGGGGACAGCGGCUCCCCCGCGGGGCCGCGAGAGGCUUCUGGCCGGGUCGUGGUCAGCCAGCCGGCUCCGGUGGCGCCGCAGCUCUCGGGGGCCGCCGAGGACACCAGCUCUGACUCGGAGGCCGAAGAUGAGAAGUCAGUCCUCAUGGCAGCUGUUCAGAGUGGCGGUGAGGAGGCCAAUCUGCUGCUUCCUGAGCUGGGCAGUGCCUUCUAUGACAUGGCCAGUGGCUUCGCAGUGGGUCCCUUGUCAGAGGCCAGCACUGGGGGCCCCGCCACCCCCCCGUGGAGGGAGUGCCCUAUUUGUAAGGAGCGCUUCCCAGCCGAGAGUGAUAAGGACGCCCUGGAGGACCACAUGGAUGGACACUUCUUUUUCAGCACCCAGGACCCCUUUACCUUUGAGUGAUCUCACCCACCCCCACCCCAGGACACGCACAGAUACACUGACACACACACACACACACACACACACACUCAUGCACAUACACACACUUAGGCUCACGCCUCUUCUGACACACUGGCCUCCAUGGCAUUCUGGUCCCUGAGAACCGCUCCCGAACCAUUUUCAUCCGGGGCUCUGGCCUUCAUCCUCUCCUACCAGGCUCGUUGCCCAGGCAGGGCCCUUCCUGGAAGCAGCGGCUGACUGUACCCCCUGAAAGCGGUUUUGGAGGAACCAGGAGGAGGCCCUCCCCAGGGGGAAUAAGAUCAGCCCCUCCUGGGCCUGGUUGCUCUGUCACUGACACCAGCUACCACACCACCACCACGUACACACACACACUCACACUCAUAUACACUCUCUGAUGCCCCAAAGCCAAUUCCUGGGGCGCCCCACCCUCUCAUUUGGGGUCUGUGUUGGUUUACCCGAGUUUUCUCUGGGGCCUGCAUGGAGGCAGUAGCACGGACACCACAGCCUCUUGGGGUCUCUCGGUUCUGAGCUUCAGUGGUUCUCUCUGCCUCCCGCCCCCCACCCCCAACCCAUUGCCUUCUGCACCCCACCCUGGCCUUUUCCACAACAUUAGAUAUGAAGUUUGGAGGUUUCUUUUGUAUUUUGAGGUUUUCUGUAUUCCGUCUCCUGCCCCUCCCCGCCACUUCCCCCCAGUGUCCUCACAUGGAAAGAAAUAAUGCAUUUGUGCCUUCUGUGAGGGAUGGGGGGAACAAACAGUCCCAGGUGUCCCCAUUUCUCGGUCCUUCCUCCCUCUCCAGGUUCCCCCACAGCAAUAAGAGCUUUCCUUCAUGAUCCCUCCCUCCGUCGGUAGUUGGGACAAAUAUAUUUAUAUGAUAUGUAUAACGAUUCUAAUAAAAUGUGUUCUUCUCAUGA